AUGUCUGACACGCUGGGCUCAUUUGGCAUGCCGAGGAGGAUGUCUAUUCGAAAACCUUAUCAGCGUCGCCAGUCAAACACAUGGCGCGCAAUAGAGGAGUCAUGGGAAGAAGAUGUCGACUAUAUCUACGACAACGCUCUAGAAGCUGACUGUGACUUCGAAUGGGAUCGAGUAUCUGAUGACGGUGUUCGCUGUUGCGACACUCCUUCUGCUGAGCAAGCCAAUCGUCGCAACUCCAGAAUCACUUCCGCUGAUCGAGAGCGUUUCGCCUCUGACAAUUUCCGCUCAUCUUUGCUGGUUCCCAGCACAUCGAGUGUGCCAGAACUGGUUCCGACAUCUGCGAUAUCCACAUCCACCCUCAGCACUGGCCUCCCACCGACACCCUCAGGAUUCUUCCAUGCCAACCGUUUCAGUGGCGACACUGGCUUCAUGCUAAGCCCGUCCCUUCUUGUCCCGCAGGAAUACAAGGAUACACGAGAAGUCACAUAUGAGGACUUGCUUGACGAGUACGCCGCGUCCGACCGGCACUUUCCAAUGCUCGACGCCGGUCGAAGCACGACGAGCUCGGCGCGUAGCAGUCACGUCCGACUAAGUAGGCGAAGCUCUUACGACAGCAGCCUCAUGUCCUCUUCUCAGAGCUGCGGUCUUUGGAGCUCCCCUGUGAGGCGCUCGGCAAGCUCUGCCGGCAGUGUCCCAGAGCUGAUUCCGUCCCGUCGUAGCCGCAAGUCGCUUGGCUUCAGUCUUGCAGCCGACCAGUUUUCAGAGCAGAUUGCGUUCCUUAACGAAGACAAAGAGGACGAUGACAUUACGCCACCAGGGCGUACCCUAGAAGGGCGAACAUUCUUCGCUUCAGACGACGAAGCGCCUCAAGAUGAGGAGCAAUCUCGCAGCUCCAUUGAGACCGAGCUCAGAGCCUCGCUUGAUUUGGCUCGACGUGGCUCACAGCGUGCCAAUCACUCUACUGUCGAAGAGGAGCUCAAGUCGUCGCUCGACCUUGCGCGCCAAGGGUCGCAGCGUUCCACCCGUGCACCAGCGCGCCAGCACAAACCCGCCCUGUCUGAAGGUGCCGCCAAGUUCCUUUCCGUCUCUGCUCCGAAGGAGGAUCAACCAACCAAGCCACGUAACCGCGCAGCGACCACCGCGCAGUCUCGCUCCCCUAUGUUGUCUCUCUUCCCGACACCCCCACGCAACAUAUAA